AUGUAUAAAUUAACGAAUAAAGAUAUCAUAAGUCAUAAAUAUGGAAUUUCAACAUAUAAUUGGAUGGACUCAAACGGCCAAGAAAUGGUUAUCAGAACAUUACCAGAAUUUCAAGGUCUUGAAGGACAGCAAGGAUCCAACAUUGUCAGAUAUAUAUUGAGAAACUCACCAAAAGUAACCAAUGUUGACACAAUGAAUUACAAAAAAACUUCAAGUGAGUUUAUUAGUGAUGAUGAUCGAAGAUGGAAAAACAGAACUUCUUGGGAAGAAAAACCAUCAUCAAUUGAUGGAACUUUUGCUUUUAGUUGGCAGAAUAUAGAAAUAGCUCCAUCAUCUUCCAAAUCAUUAUCGUUUUCAAUUGGAAAAGGUGAUUACAUUCUCAAUUAUCAGAUAAACAUUAAGAAACCGAACAAAGAAUAUUUCGCACCAAAUUCUCCUAUGUAUCUGCUUAUUUUCAUUCCUCCUGCAUCACCAGAUAUCAAUGUUCAAAUCUACAGAUCUAUAGAUGAUGGAAAAGAAGAUUACAUUGUAAGUUUCACAGAUAACGGAAACACUUUUAAUUACAAUGAUACAUUUCUAGCUCCUGAUUCUGGACACCAUAAAAUUAAAUACAAAACAGUUGCAAGUAAUGGACUUAACAGCACAAAUGAAAUAACAAUUACAGCAACUGUUCCUCCAACAAUCAAAUUCAAAGCUCCACCGAGAGAUCAGUAUGUUGCAGGUGAUGUAUUGAACGUUUCUGUGAUUGUUGAUGAUGAUACAUUUGUCAAAUUAAACAUAAUGAAAGAUAGUUUUACACAUACAGAUGAUGUAAUUUGUAAUGGAACUCCAAAGACAUCUAUUGUUUCAUACCCUAUUUCUAUUGACGAAGUUGUUGGAUCCACUCAUUCUGUAAGAAUUUUCGCUGUUGAUGAAUUUAAUUUUCGAUCGAAUGAUUUGAAUUUCACUUACACAAUAAAAGAGAGUUCUCCGGAUAUAGAGUUGACAGAGGAAUUAAAGAUGUAUUAUCCAAUAUCAUCUUUUCUCAAAAUUCAUGGACAAUUCCGGAAUCUGUUUGGACCAACAAAUCUUUGUUUGUACACUGAAUUAAAUAAUAACACUAAUCCAGAGAAACAUUUUUGCGAAGAUGUAAUUAACGCUUCAUGGAAUCCUUUCUCAUUUAGUUACAAAUUGAAGUUGAACUCAGACAGCCUGAACUUCUUGAACAUUUACUGCGAAGACAGCAGAUCUGUUGAAUCCAACAUAAUUGUUCACAAAUUUGGAAUAAUUUCACUCGAAAACUGUGUGAACCUCUACACAUGUCACAGCAAAGCACCACCAUUUAAAUUCUAUCUGCUUACUUAUAAUACUAUUUAUUCAAUUUAA